AUGAGCCUGCGAGACACCUCCUACCCGGGCUCUUCCGGCCUGGGACUCGACGACCACCCGCAGCACCACAGCUAUGCCUUCGGGGGCAGCCUGGCGGGUGGGGGUGCCUCUGCCUCGCCGGCCGCCGCCGGCGCGCUCAACCACGCUGCUGGACACUCGCAAGCCCACCCUUUCCCCCACCUCUACGAUCACGCCUCCCACCACUCUGCCGCCUCGUCUUCCCACGGCUCCUCGCCCGCCGCCAUGACGAUUCCCUACGGCAUUGCCCACGCCGGUACCGCGAGCCCGCAGCUCUCGACCUCGACCCACACCUCCAGCUUGCCGCUCGGCGCCUUCUACAUCCAGCACUCCAGCGGCGCUCACCCCAAUGCCGCCGCCACUCCACCAUCGCACCAUCCCUUCCACGCAUCGCAGCAGCACCACAACCACCACCACCUCGACCCGUACAGCAGCGCCGGCAGUACUCCGCACCACCGCUUCUCGCCUGCGGCCGACCACCACUCGUCCUCGGGAGGCUCGGUGGCCCCUCUGUCGCAGGGCGGCAGGAUCAGCUGGGCCAACUCGCCCGCCGACUCCUACCAUGCCCUCGCCUCCAACGACGGGGGCCACAGCCAGAGUGCCGCAGGCCAUCCUGACUACAGCGCCGUCGUCCCGAGCGCGCGGCUGCCCUGGGAAACGGCGCUGGCAUCCACCAGCGGCACCCCGCACUCCGGCUAUGGCCUGGUCGACUCGCCGUCCUCGGCCGCCGCAUAUGACAACGUCGCGUCGGCGCUCACCGGACCCAGGCUCGAAGACGACUCGGGUUCCGGUGGUAACGUCCGGCCACGGCAGAGGAAGAGAGCAAGAGCCUCGGCCGGCGAAGGCGGGUCGCACUCCCCUGCGUCGGGUGCAAGGGGACGGCCGAAGAGCAAGAAGACCAACCUUGCCCACGUCGAGAACAGCGACUCGCUGGCAGGGUUUGGCUCCGAGGCGGGCGCGUCGGUUGGCGGAUACGAUGAGCCUGACAUCACUGCGUGGAUCCAUGCUGGCGACGGCGACGAUCUGGUUUCGAUGGGCUCGCACGCCGCCAACGGAGCGGUAGGCUCGGCUGCCAAUGACCACCACCGGCUCUGGUCCAGCUUUUCACCGUCGCUUUCGACGACCGAUACCCCGGGCAGCCAUCACCACGCGCAUCACGCAGCGGGAUUCAGUGCUUCGAUGCCUGGCUCGCGGCACCACUCGGCGUCGGCCUCGGCGUCGGCCGUCGCAUCGCCAGAAGAGUUUGGCGGCUACCACGCCCACGCCAGCACCUCGGGCCACGGCGCAGCGCCGUCCAACCUCGGCCUCAGCGUGCAGUCAGGGCACGAUGUCGAUGCCGACGACGACGAGGCCUCUGCCCCCUCGGCCAUCGAUGCUGGUUCUGCCGUCGUGACCGAGGCCACCGGCGGCGCCGAAGCUGGCGCGGGCGGGGUCGAAGCGGAGGCGGGGCCGACCGAGGACGAGCCGCUCUACGUCAACGCCAAGCAGUACCAGCGCAUCCUCAAGCGGCGGGCGGCGCGGGCGCGCAUCGAAGAGGCGCGCAAGAAGGUAUGGCUGGCGCAGCUGCAGAGCCGCGAGCGGCAGCCGUCGGGCAGCGUGGAUGGUGAGGGCUUCCUCGACGAAGAGGGGCGCAAGCCCUACCUGCACGAGAGCCGACAUCGCCAUGCGGUACGCCGUCCUCGAGGUCCCGGCGGUCGCUUCUUGCAGCGCAGCCCGGCUGCUGCGAGCUAG